AUGUCGGAGAAACAGCGACCUCUUGCACUCCAAUCCUCACGCACAAGGCAGCGACUUCCUACGCUGGCUGAAGUGCUCGCCCGCCGCACGCUCCCACCUGUCGACCUCUACUGCUUCUACCUCUACCUCCAACGCGAAGGCGCCGAAGACGCGCUCGACUUUUGGCUCGAUGUUCAACAGCAUGAGAACCUUUGCAGAGCCUACUUCAAGGAUCUGCGCAAGUCUGGCAAGUCGGUCAAGGAGGAUUGGCCGCAGUACUACGCCGAGGCGCUCGAACGAGGCAGCAUCUACAACAGGAUCAACGGCAUCAACGAGCAGAGCAACACGGCGAGGAGAGGUGCCGAAACCAGCUGGGACCAUCAGAGUCGGGUCGACAGUCCCGAUGGCAACUACUCUGCAUUCUCGCAUGGGCCGAGUCCAGUUCCACACACACCGGGCACAGCCGGGAUGACAGGCGCGCCUCUCUCUGCGCCUCGCUUCCCCGGUGAUCCCGACUACCUCGCUCAACAGACGCGCGCAGAGAGAAAGAGCAUUCUCGCCAAACGAGGUUCCGUUGCACCCACGGUCAUCUCGCGCUCAGCUGCCAUCACACGCACCGACCUCAUCGCCUCGGCAGAGCGCAUCUAUGCACGCUACCUCCUCCCCGGGUCCGAGAAGGAGAUCUACCUCCCUGGCCCCUUGCGCAUCACCUCGUUCCCCAUCUCCUCCGCGACGCUGCCUCAUCCGCAGGAUGUCGAGCAGCAACGAGCACUCGCGCGCAUCCCAGACAUGUUCCACACGCAAAAGGAAUACGUGUUCCGCACCAUGGAGGCGGAUGUCUUCCCGCGCUUCCUCCGGGCCAAGGCGUUUGGCAACCUCACACCCAUUUCUGUGCUCGUACGUCUCUCGCUCGGCCUGCUAGCACUCUGGGCGGCACUAGCGACGGGAUUCAGCUUCAUCUUUCUGGACGUGGACCGGGCGAAGCGAUGCUGGGUCAUCCUGCCUUUCGCGGUCGCAGUGCUGCUGUUGAUGUCGCACCAGUACGAGCUGGAUCCCGUGCUGGUGUUGAUGAGUCAGAGCGAGACGACUCCGUUUCGGCUGAUCAGGGUGCGCGAACCGUACGUGAGACGGUUGUUGCUGCAGCGAGCGGUUGGGUUGAUCGGGUUGAUUGCGAUUAUCACGGCUGCGUUGACGGUGUUGUUUGUUUUCGUGCCUGGUCACCGGUUGUGA